AUGUCAUCCACAAACAAGAAUCCCUCUGGAGGCGAAGGCGAGGGUGAGGGCGAGGGCCCGUGGGACUUGAAGACCAGCCAGAAGUUCAACAGUAAACUACCCGGAGAAUACUUCGAUCCAUGCCAGGAGGCCGCGUCCAGGAGUCUGAAGUGUUUAGCCCGGAACAGCGGUGAUAGGGAGCUGUGUACAGAUUACUUUCAAGCAUAUCGAGACUGCAAGCUGCAAUGGCAAACGGCUAGGAAAGAAGCCAAGGCUGCAAAGAGAGCCGAACGUGGAGGGUGGUUUUCAUGA